AUGGACCUGAUCCCGAAUUUCUCAGUGGAAACCUGGGUGCUCCUGGCUACCACCUGUGUAGUCCUCUAUCUAUAUGGGACCUAUUCACAAGGACUUUUUAAGAAGCUGGGAAUUCCUGGGCCAAAACCUGUGCCCUUUCUGGGAAAUCUUCUGUCCUACCGUAAUGGUGUUUGGAAAUUUGAUUUGGAAUGCCACAAAAAGUAUGGGGAAAUGUGGGGGUAUUAUGAAGGUCGACAGCCUAUGUUAGUUAUCACAGACCCAGAGAUGAUCAAAUCAGUGCUUGUGAAAGAAUGCUAUUCUGUCUUCACAAACAGGCCGGAUUCUGGUCCACUGGGAUUCAUGAGUAAAGCACUCACUUUCAGUAAGGAUGAAGUAUGGAAGAGAAUGCGAACAUUGCUGUCUCCAACCUUCACUGGUGGAAAACUCAAGGAGAUGUUCCCCAUCAUUGAACAGUAUGGAAACACCUUGGUGAAAAACCUGAGGCGAGAGGCAGAUAAAGGCGAGCCUGUCACCAUCAAAGACAUCUUCGGGGCCUACAGCAUGGACGUGGUCAUCGGUACUUCAUUUGGAGUGAAUGUUGAUUCUCUCAACAACCCACAAGACCCUUUUGUGGAAAAAGCCAAGAAGCUCUUUAGCUUUAGUUUUUUUGAUCCAUUGUCUUUCUCUGUGGUUUUAUUUCCAUUCCUUACCCAAAUAUAUGAGAUGUUAAAUAUCACCUUGUUUCCGGCUGAUUCUAUAGAUUUUUUCAAAAAAUUUGUAAAAAACAUGAAAGAAAAUCGCCUAGAUUCUGACCAGAAGCACAGAGUGGAUUUUCUUCAACUGAUGAUGAAUCCCCAGAAUUCCAAAGACAUGGAAUCCCAUAAAGCUCUGACUGAUCUAGAGAUCACAGCCCAAUCAAUCAACUUUAUUUUUGCUGGCUAUGAGGGAACUAGCACCAUUCUCUCCUUCGUUAUGCAUACAUUGGCCACUCACCCUGAUGUCCAGACGAAACUGCAGGAGGAGAUUGAUGCAGCUUUGCCCAAUAAGGCACCUGCCACCUAUGAUGCCCUGGUAGAGAUGGAGUACCUGGACAUGGUGGUGAGUGAGGUUCUCAGAUUAUAUGCAAUUGGCAACAGAAUUGAGAGGAUCUGUAAGAAAGAUGUUGAAAUCAAAGGAGUGCAUAUUCCUAAAGGGACAGGCGUCAUGAUCCCAGUCUUUGCGCUUCACCGAGACCCCAAAUACUGGCCAAAUCCUGAAGAGUUUCACCCUGAAAGGUUCAGCAAGAAGAACAAGGACAACAUUGAUCCGUACAUAUACAUGCCCUUUGGAAAUGGACCCAGGAACUGCAUUGGAAUGAGAUUCACUCUCGUGAACAUCAAACUUGGUGUCAUCAGAGUUCUGCAGAAUUUCACCUUACAAACUUGUAAAGAAACACAGGUCCCGCUGAAAUUAAGCAAGAACCUACUUAUUCAACCAGAAAUUCCCAUUGUGCUAAAGGUUGUGCCAAGAGAUGGACCAUAA